AGAUCAUUAUUAUUUAGUCAAUAGAAAAUAAAAUCAUCGAACAAGAUGUGGCGAUUAAUGCUUCCAGCUAUUCUGGCAACGCUUUUACCGGGCAUUGGCGCGGUUUCCAUCUCUGAUUUACCUCGACAGGUCGUUGAAACUGUAGGAGGAAGCGUGGUGAUUCCGGGAACUCUCUUUAAUGCGACGAACUCAACUCUAAGCUGGGUGAAAGGCGACACUUACCUCGUAAACGCGACAAUCCGAGUAUACAAGAAAAAGGCUUCAAUUACGUCUAUCAGCCAUUUAAACAGCUCUCUUUACGAGGCAUCAUUCGUUGCAGUCGGAGGUCACGUGAACACAAAUUUGACCUUGAAGCAGUUUUCAAUGUCCUUGAACCAGACCCAAUAUAAACUCAAAGCUGGGAUUGUUGAAAGCGGCGUGACUACCAUGUUGAUCGUUAAGGACAAUAUAGAAGCAACAACAGCAUCUGGUUCAGAUCCCAUGACGUCACCUGAUACCAUGGCACCAACUGAUAGCAUGACGUCACCUGAUACCAUCGCACCACCUGAUAGCAUGACGUCAUCUGUGGAAUCUUCUACGUCAUCACCACCACAAUCUAACCAGACCACCCCGUCAAUUACUACGGCUCCUACCGCCUCAAGUGCUUCUGAAGGCGGGACCGCAGGAGGGGUUUCCCCUUGUUCAGGCCCAGGAUCACCACCUAGCGGAGAAUCAUGCACAGAAGUUGGAUGUGUGGUGCCGAUGAAGGAUCAGAACUCUACAACCGCAUUUAAGGGAUCCGGUCGCAUAUGCACAAUUGCGUACACCUGCAAUGCAAAUGGAACCUGGACCAGUGUCGAAUCUGAUUGUAAGUGCUCUGUUCCUGGGACUUGGGGACCAAACUGCACCCGGGCAUGCAGCAACGGCUGCAGCGAGACCAACUGGACAAGGAAUUGUGAUCAGGAGACGGGAAAAUGCCUCAUGACGAAUGGGGAGUCGCAAACCGACUGUGAAGACGGUUACGAAGGAGAAAACUGCGAAAUACCGGUUUGUGAAGACUGUAAUGGUGGAGAAUGUCUACGACCAGGGUUUUGUGGAAACUGCCCUUUGCAUUAUGAACAUGGACCCACAUGCCGAAACAUCAGGCUGGAUGGAUUUACGAAAGGCUCCAUCCCAUCUCUGGUGAUCCUAGCGGCUGUUGUCAUCGUGCUCACCAUCGUCUCUAGGUGGCACAUCAGGAGAAAGAUCAAAGAAGCCUAACCAUGAAAAAUUCGCUGGAUUUUAUCGUUGUCCUAGAAACAUUUAUUACGUCACUGUCUACGUUAAUGUUUAUUAUUCCAAGUCAUCGCUAUUAAAUAUGUCGUCAUUCCUGACGUCAGAAGAAAACGUUGCUUAUCAUUAUUAUUUGUUUUUCUAAGCACAGUUAUCGUAACCUAUUUGCUGCAGGAGCUUAAAACAAAUCGUCAAAAAAGACAUUGAUAAUGUUUUCGAUACUAUUAUUCCACAACUGUUUUCUUUCCUUCUGUUUAGCUUAAGAUAAGUAACGUCAUGUUACUGGCCAACCUUUUUUGUUUAUCUUAUUUUGUUCUGUAUGUUUAAGAACCGAAUCUAAGGUAAACAAAAUCAGAAACAGAAUAGAAAAUUAGUCGUGGAGCAAUACUGGACUGAUUCCGUUUUUUAUUUGGUCGCCAUUUAUUUUAUUAUGUUAUAUUCUGAACUUUUUAACUUCAACUUUUGAAAGAAAAGUGACGUCACAAACUAUGACGUCUUAUUUUAUGUGAAAUUUUGAAAAUAUGCAUGCAAUUUUUUCUAUUAUUCAUUAUUCAGCAAUAUUUUCGCAUAAUCAUUCUGUACCAGGGAUGUGCAACAGACGGCCCGCGGGCCACAACACGGCCCGCCAACCAUUUAGUGUGUUCCUUGUCAACGGUCAGAUGUGUUCCCCAUCAAGCAUAAAAUCCUAAUUCGACAGUUUAUGUUUAAAAAGGCACUCACAUGGAUGAGAACACAUGUUUUUUGCUCUUGUUUCUGCGGUAAAUCUUUCACCGUUUUGCCCGGUGUAUUCAUUAUUGUAAGGCUAAGCGACUCUUCCCUUUCCUUUCCGGCUAACUUGUUUGUGUGACCCAGCUGGGUGUCUGAAGUUGGUUAUAUCAUAUGGCCCCUUCGACAAAAAACGUUGCACACCCCUGUUCUGGACGUGAGCAGUACUUAAGUUACGGGGACGCAAAAUCUAAGUUUUUCUGACACUUUUUACCAUUGCAUUUGAUUCUCACUGUGAGAGUCUAUAGUUGUGGCUUGUAAAUGGGUUCACUUUUUCAAUAGCAUAAUUUCAAGGUAUUGCCUCGUAAAAGUACUUAAGUAAUUAUAGCUCGGUAUAUCCGAGAACUUCUUGGGCCGUUUUUAGUUUGGUUACUGUCCUUCAAAGACGAAUUGGCCAUUGUGUAAUCGAAUUUAUACUUAUAUUUACGACGCGCAACAUGAACAUCAAAACUGGCAGUUUGUCAGAACGAGUAAUAAAAUUUCAAACUAUAAUGCGAAGCGAAUCGCUUCGAAUCAAAAAGUUUGCGUGAGUAAGUAAGGCCUUGUUUUUGAGCGAUUGAAAAAUGUGAUUCAUUAUUGUUUACGAUGAAAAUCUCGAUUUAUAUUCACGUCGUUUUAGCCCUGUAUUUGUUUUUACAAUAUUAACUCUCUGCACUAUCAUUGAAUUAGAUGAUUUGGAAAGA